UACAAAAAUCCAGCUUCCCUCUGCCCACCGGCAUGUCACCAGUCACUGUUUCAUGUCAGUGUUUUAUAAUGCAGGAGAAUAAUAAUAGCUUUUCUCUUACAUAGUAAUUAUUUCCUAUAUUAUGAAAUAUCACUGUAAUCUUUCUGAAGAGUGUUUGCCAUGCGCAAAAGGUGACUUAAACCGAACUGAGCUGACAUUAUGGCACUUUAUUCUCAUUAAGAAUUCCUGUAAUACUCCAGUCAGAGUUUAAAGUGGCAUUUUCCCUACUUUGUGGAUGUUUCUUUUAUUAUAUUGAGAGGUUUUUAGGGUGUAUGUUUGUUGACUUUAGCUAGCCGGUAUGUUUGGCAGCGCAACGCACCGGCUUCAGUUCCUUUUAUUACACCAUCAGUUGAGCGUGCACGGGAUAAACGCUGUAAUGGGUCUGGAUGACAAGUGUGCAGUGUAUGUGGCUUUGUCUCCGGGGAUGCAGGGGAUCAACAGCGUUUCAUUUGCUGAAUAGAGCGUGUGCAGUGUUGGGCAUGCAUUAAUAGCACUGUUUUUAAAUACUGCCAAGACUUGUGCGACCAUAUGAUGUUUUUUCUUCUAUAAGAGGAGCUGGUGUUUGUUCAUAGAUGAGACACUGCUCUAGUUAUGAUCGAGGUGAACUUGAUUUACCACCCCAUGUCAGGCAAUGAAUUCACGUGAUAUUAUAAAGACACAUUCAGACUAGUUCACCUUUAGCUUUUCUGCUAUUAACUAAUAAUGUCACUUAAAAAAAGGCAAUAACCAGAGUUAUAUGCAGGGGGCGCAUGUGCACCACUGGGCUUGAAGAAACAAACUAUAGAAAGCACGAUCCAAGAGGCACACGCCGUCCAUGUGACAGCUGCUCGAAUACUUUAAUAUCUAGUAAAGUGAAACCUUAUCGUGUAAUCUGAAAUGUCAGUUUUUUUCUGGUGAGAGUAGACCUUUCUGUUAUCGCCCACGGAUACACAGACACUACAGCCUACAUCCUUAUGUUAUGCUGCUGAAGAGACAUUCAGGACCGUGACACCUGAUCAAAUGUCUCGUUUGCUAGUUUUCUUGUACUGGUGUUGCGGGUUUCCUUUUCUUCCCUUCCUCUGGCUUUUCCCUCUCGGCGAGGUGGCCGCCGGUACUUUUUGGUACUUUGGUGUGUACAUGCCGCUUGACACGCACACUAUCUCGCUCGCAGUGUCCGGAUUUGCACUGAACCCCAAAGGGAAAGUUUGCAUUUUCAUGUGGCCGGAGGACAUAUGUCGCGUCCAGUUAAAGUGCGGCUUUUAACGCCGCUUUUCCGUGCGUAAAAAAUGCGUAAAAAGCAAAAAGAUGGCUGUCUACAUCCAAGACCACCAAACCCGUCCGAUGGCUCGACCGCAGUAACGGCAACACAGGGAAGCGGAGGAGACCCACCACCCGCCGGUGCCGCCGGUGCCUGUGCGCAAACGAACCGCUCAGACAACGCCGGCGAGCGGAGCGUCGGCCGCCGCAGUUCCUCCGGAGGAGGAGAGCCGGACUCUCCGUCCUGGUGCACAAAACCUCCUAUCGACAGUCUAGGCGUGUUUCAGAAGAGGACAAUAUUCCACCUCCCUCGCCGCGCCUCCAGUGGAUAUUUCUCCUACGACGGCGACUCGCUGCCGAGCUCCCCGCUCUCCCCGAGGCCAGUGACGGCUGACAGAGCUACCCAGACUCCGAGCCCCAACAGCCAGGUGAUGCUACACGCCCUACAGCGCAUGGCUGAGGCGCACGGCGGAGGACCGGGGAGGCACCAGCAGCACGGACACUUUCCCAGUCCCUCUAGCACGAGGCCACGAAACGCAGCAGGGGACAUGCAGGCGGAGGCAAUCGGACAAGAGCUCCGGCGGAUUGGAGAUGACUACAACAGUCUGCUCUUAAGGGGGUGGGCAGGCGGACGCAGGCGGGCUUUGAUCCAUCUGAACCCUCUGCCUCACAUCCACCAGGAACCCACCAUGCUGUUCUGCAUGGGCCUCCUGCUCCUUCUGAUUGGACGGAUAAUUUACCUACAGGGCAGUACGGACAGCCAGGACCACUCUCAGGUUUAGCCUUUGGAAAACCCAGCAGACGUAGCAUAUUUCUUCAAUAAUGUAUCUGUGUUGGAGCUAUCACACCUUGACUCUCCUUUAUAUUUAUGGGGAACUAAUUUUCACCGUUCUUCCUGCCUUUCCCAAUUGAGGAAGGAAACUUUUGACUGGUCAUUUUGAUGAAGAUGAUUUGUCAACACCUAUAAGGAACUGUAGAAUGCCUGAAUCUUUGUUUUAUCACCUCUGUUUUUCCUUCACGGCUUCUAAGCCUUUCCAGUGCUACCAAAGAGCCGGGAUUUUGCACUCCUUUCCAGCACAGAGGCAGUCAUGACAUCUAGAUAUGACUCUGUGCAAAAUUACGCCUGUGGAAAUUCAAAUGUGCCUUGUACAGUUUCCUGUUUACUUUUUUAGCUUCUUUUAAGUUGUGAUCAACUCUGCAGACCCAGGGUUGUUAAAGUGCGUGGGUCCAGUCCGCAACAUGUAUCUCUAUCUUUCCCCUCCUGAAGGUUAUAGGCAGGGAAAAAUGAUCUUGCACUCCUGCCACAUCAGAAUCCUGCAUGCAGAAGACUUGUGAACUGUGUGGGAACCAACUGGGCCAAAGUGAUCUUUUUUCCCCAACGCUGUCGUCAUAUAAUGUUCCUAAACUACUAUGCCAUUAAACAUUUGGUUUCCAUGAAUUACACAACUCCUUAAGUCUACAUUGUUAGUGUAUACACCACUAUUUUCAGCUACAGAAAAAAGAAUAAGAAAUAAUUCUGUGGUAAAUAAAGGAAAAUGCCCUCUGGACUGAUUAGUGCAUACAAUAUUUAAACGAUCCACCUUUUCCUAGAGAAAUUAAUCCUAAUCAAAAGAUUACUUCACUUGUCAAAACAAUAGUAAGACUUGAGUAUUUGUUACUAAGUUGCCCAGUUAGUAAGUAAGACCAACAUGAUGAACAAAGGAAAUCAUGAAAUCAUGUCAAUCAUUUAAACCAUUAAACAGUGUAAUUUCCUGUUGUCUUGUUUACUCAUCUUCUACGUGUUGCUUUUACAAACCUUACUUUACCGUUGCUUUAAUAUUCCAAGCAUUUUUCUAUAUAACAAUUUCAAUAACUGAUGAAACCCUUCUGUCUUCCACCGUUCUUUGUUUCAGCCUCUGGAUUUGCCAUUAGCAGCCAGACUGAAUAUAGUUGGAAAGUACUGGUUUGUUGACAAGGUCAUGUUAUCCGUUUAUUAGCACAGUGAUUCAGACCCGGCCAAGUCUCCUCAUGCCUGCCAGGUCAUUAAACACUCAGAGAUUUCUGGACUACAACCAAACACUGAAUCAUGCAGAGUCAAAGAGGGUUUUGUCACUUAUUAUUUAGCUAAUAUAUCAAACAAUGGUGAUACAGGUUUCAGAUUAAACAGGUAUUACUAUUAAGUAUAUUUUUUAUCUUUAAACUCUUUAGGCUCAUUAAAACAUAUCAGUUCUCAUAUCAGUGGAUGUGUGUUGCUCUUUAUUGGAGGUGGGGAUGUUAACCAGACUUACAUUUGCCAAACUGAUUAGUUAAUCCUCAUCAUUGAAGUCUUCUUUUUUCAAAACAAAAACAUAGAGUUGGAAAACUCUUUUGGUAAAUUUGAACUUUGUAUGGCUCGUCCAAGUUUGUUAGUAUGGAAUGGACUAAUUGUUGCCCCUUGUGCCUAUGGGCGAAAAAAAACCCAUUACAACUGUUGUUUACACCAACCGUAGUAACUGCAGUUCUUCAGGGGGCAGUUAUUAUGGCUUACUUUAUUGAAGUUUUCAAACUGUAUUUUUCAUGUUUUACAAGAAAAAAAGACUUCAAGGAUGAAGACUUGUUGGUUUUGCAAAUGUAUGUUAAAGAGUAGUGCACAGCCGCUUGUCCAAGCAGUGGAUGAGACUGUCCCAAGCGGGGCUACCCAUCACCCAGACUGGGUUUGGAUUUUCCAUGUUCUGCCCAUUGAGCCACACAGUAGGUAACAUCAGACAUUGUGUUUUAAAAGUCCAUGGAUGCAGUGUUAAUGUUGACCAAAGAGAUUUGUGCAAACUUAUAGUUUUCUGGGGUGUUUUCGGAUGGUACAAGUGAAACGUUAUCAAAUUCUCUGCCAUACUGUAUGUUGUUUUGAUCGGUACUACCAAAUCACAAAAUCACAUCAGCUACGGCAAGUGUCUGCUUCAACCUGACUGGAAUUAAAAUGCAAAUGUAAUUUUUUGUUUUAUGCUAUUUAACAUCAAUUGGUGUCAGAAAAAUACUUUGAAACCGUUUGACCAAGAUAUGAUCUCGCUCUGCAUUUAAAGCUUGACUCUUCAAUGGAAGUUUGUCUGUUUCAAAUGAAAGUCUCUAUACGCAGCAAUGAAGAUAUCAUGUUGUUAUGUGUGUUACAUGUUUUGGAUUUAAUCGUCUUAAGCAAAUACGUUUCUUCACUGUUGAAUGUGAACUGUGAGGUUAUGCAAACGAGAACAGCAAAUCAGAGCAGCAGCAACAGAAGUUUGUUGUAACACAAUCGAUAACCAAAUUCAUCUGAGUAUGUGUUUGAGCCAAGCUUGGAUGUUUGCACAGUUGUGUCAACACAAAUGCAUCACAGACCGAUCCUGGUUUUCAUCAUUCAUAAACUCUCUUUUCAGAAACUCUGUCAUCUGUGUAAUCUCAUGUUUUAAUAGUGCUAAAUUAGCUGUUCAGCUUCAAGUGUCAUUUUCAAUCUUCCUCCAAUGAGAUGAUGGAUUACUGUCUAUUAAGAGACCGAAGCUUGUUGACAUUUGUUACAUUUGUUAUUGCUUGCAUAAUGUAAUGGGUAAUGUCAUGGGUGAUUUAUUUCAGUAGUGUUUGUACGGAUGCAGAAAUCCUUAAAAAUUAUCCACCCUUGACAACAGUCUCAAAAAUCGUGUGUUAAGGACAGAAAUCAUGGAUUAGACAUCCACAUGCACAAAUAGACAAUGGAUUAGACAUCCACGUGCACAAAUAGACAACAGCAUGAAUUAGUCAUGAAGCCAGAGGGGUUGCAUGGGCCCCUCCUGGAAACUGACCGACCCCCACUAUCAAGGUGAUAAGUGGCUUAUUGGUAUCAUGGGUGGAUACUGAACUGAAGGCCCCUAGACCACAGCCUCUGUAUAAAGUGACUGCAAACAUUUCUUGUUGAAAAGUCCAUCAAGCAACUACAAAAAGACUCAAAAUGACCACAAGGAGAAGCAAAAAGACUUGUAAGAGAUGCAAAGUGACAUCAAAGAGAUGCAAAACGACUCCAAAGAGACUCAAAACGACCACCUAGAGAUACACAACCGCACAGAGACACAAAACAACUACAAAGAGAAUCAAAACGACUACAGAGACGCAAAAUGACCAUAAAGAGUGGUCAUCUUUUAGUGUGGGGGUCUUACUCCUACGAAGGAGGGGUUGGGAACUUUAUGUCUGUGUCCAGGGGCCUCUUGUCUCAUAAUCUGCCCAUGGUUGUUGGGUAUUAAGGUUACAAAUAGCAUUUACUGAUAUUAUUUCAUCUUACAAUAUUUAAAGUUUUUUGUCGUUAAUGUAGUACACUGAAAAUACAUUGUUACUAUUAAUAACAUACAUUUAAUUAUUUCCAGGAACCCAGGCUUAACACAUCUUUACUCAUUUUACAAAUGAGUGGAUUUCAUUCAUUGGUCCACAUUUAAUUUUCAUCACACUACUUCCUGUUUCUAGUUGUGUUUCCUCCUCGUCCUAAUCCUUUCCUGCUGGAGAAAUGUAUAAAAGAAACAUGAAACAUAUCAGUUUACUGACAUACAGUAUACUUCUGGAAAUGCACACUUUUCUGUGUGCCGAAUUUACUUGCUUUGCUCUUCCUCCGCUGUGACAUUGAGAGUGCUGUGACUGCAUGUUGAUUUCUGAUAUUGUGCCAUGUGAAACCUAAGACCUCAUUUAGAAGUACUGUAUUACAGCUGGAGUGUGAGAGGAGAGCUUGGCAGGGAGGAAACUGAAAGAUGAAUUACCAUCUCUGAAACUGAUAUGGAAACCUGGUUAUGCCGCCUAUCAUUUGUAGGUGUUACAGUACAGAAACGGUUGUGUGACAUUCAGGAUUUUACUGACUCACAUCAACACUGCUGGUGUCGCUGUUUUUGUUGAGCUUUGAGGAUUUAUAGAACAGACUCAUUCUAGUCUAUGAUCUAUUAACAGGAAAAUAAACAUUUAUGCUUACUUUUAUUCAUUGGAAUUGUUAAAAAUAUAAAACACAUGAAGUAGAGGGGACAGAGACAUUGGUGUGUUGCGCUUUGCUGCAAAUGCUGUACAAAAAUGCAUCUGUUGGAGCCUGUUCGUGCAGAAAAUGAAACAAACUAAUCUGAACGACUCCAAAUGACCCAGUACAACUGUAGCAACAUGUCUUUUUUUGUUUAUAUUGUUAUUGUACACUGAAAAUAUUGUAAUUAUGGUGUUUUAAUUGCUUUAAAAUGCUUUUCACUGUUGUUAAUAAAGCUUUUACAUCUUUUUUACAUAAAA